AACCAUACGGUCUUGUACUGGAAAAGUAUGGGGAUCGACUAUUCGAAGAUGUUGGUGGGCAUCACUGGGGUCGGUCGCAUCCUGGAACUAGUCAACGUCUCCAGCCACCUGCCAGGCUCGCCUAUCACCCCCACGGUGGAGUAUGGGCCCUACUACAACAUCCGGUUGGGAUUAGCAUUUCCGGAGGUCUGUGUGUACAAAGCAGCUAGCCAAUACUACUUCGAUGGCCUUCAGAAAAAUCCCUACCUAAUUCGUGGACACACUUGGAUCGGUUAUGAAGACAAACAGAGUAUAGAAGAAAAGAUCAAAUGGUUUCAACACUUAGAUGUUGCUGGAAUCAUGUUCAACGGACUUGAUGAAGAUGACUUUACCGGAUCGCUGUGUAAUGAAGGAAAGUACCCGCUCCUUACUCAUAUCAGAGCGAUUGUCCAGCCAGGCAUCAUAGAGAGCUCUUCCACAACAACGUCUCCCGACGACGAUGCUAAAAUCGGCGACGAUGACGCAAAAAUGGUCAGCGAAGAAACUAAACAUCUCAUCAGCAUCAUUAUAUCUGCCUUCGUUCUCUUUAUCUUGGGCUAUGGUAUUGGUCAAAUCAUCAUCGCCUACCGAAAC